AUGAGCCACGAAGCGUUAGCAAUUACGAAACGCUUUAACUCGCAAAAAUCGUGGCUCGAGGACAACAAGGUUAACCUAGUUCUUGACUUGGACCACACGCUUGUCCACACCAUUAGAACUCAACAGCUUUCCGAAUCCGAAAAGUAUCUAGCAGAUGAAGCUGAGUCAAGGACUGAUCUAUGGAGAUUUUACAGUGGGUGUACCCUUAAUGAUAUGUUGAUAAAGCUAAGACCUUACGUCCACCAGUUCUUGAAAGAAGCCAGCGAGAUGUUCUCUAUAGUUGUAAGCAGUAGAGAGAGUCCCGGUGUGAACAAGACACUUGAUCUUGUCUUGGCUGAUGAGCGUGGGAUUGUCAUUGUGGAUGAUACUCGUAGUGUUUGGCCUCAUCACAAGAAGAAUUUUCUGCAGAUUGCAAAGUACGAGUAUUUCAUAGAGUCGUCUUCAGAAUGUAAUGAGGAGAAGAAGAGAGAUGAGAGUGAGGAGAAUGGGGCAUUGGCAAGUGUUUUGAGAUUCCUCAAAGAAGUUCACAAAGGAUUCUUCUGUGACAUGUCUGAAGAAGAGAUGGAUUCAAUGGAUGUGAGGCCAUUGCUACAAGAGCCCUCCUUCGUAUCUGUAGAAAGAAAGCGUAAAGUCCCAGCUGGUUCUGUUUUUAAAGUAUGA